AAGCCUCCAACAAUCUUUCGCAAUCUUCAAACUCACCUCAAACAAAGAGUCGCUGAUCAGGCGGCACGCCGUAAAGGAUUACAUAGCAAAAACAGCUUUAUCGGCCCGUCUUUUUCUUCUGCAAUUUACGGACGACGGUUCCUAGACGCGAGAAAGAGGACAGACGAAAAGACUUGGCCAUCGGAUUCAUUCUGGGCGCUCAGUACUAAUAUCACUUUGCGUAAUCUCGUCAGAAAAACUUCACAUUGAUCUACAACAUCCAACAGUAAAAGCAACGGGAAAAGCAAGCUACUGUCUUUGCUCAAACGAUUGUGAUCACUAUUUUGGCAUCUUGUGUGUAAAAAGACGAUCAAUAGGUACUUGCACCUUUUGAACUCCUUUACAACACGAUCGAUCUUCAUCACAUCUUUGGGCGUCACGCAAGCGUACCCUUUGAUUGCAAUUUUGGUCACUCAACUAAUCAAUCUUUCAUACCAGCUCUACAUCAGACAUCAUGGCUGCCGUUGACCUACAGGAAAAGAUUGCAGCAGCGCGAAGGGAGGCGGAUGGAUUGAAGGAACAGAUACGGUCACGAAGGGACAAGAUGGCAGAUACAAGUUUAAGGGCAAUGGCAGCAGAAAUAGAACCUCUACCGCGUAUCAUGAUGAAACCAAGAAGAACGUUGAAAGGACAUUUGGCAAAGAUCUAUGCAAUGCAUUGGGCAUUCGACAAGAGGCAUUUAGUGUCUGCUUCGCAAGAUGGAAAGUUGAUCGUUUGGGAUGCCUAUACAACCAACAAAGUUCAUGCUAUUCCUCUUCGAUCUUCAUGGGUCAUGACAUGCGCAUACGCUCCUUCUGGGAACUUGGUCGCAUGUGGUGGUUUGGAUAACAUUUGCAGUAUUUACAAUCUCAAAUCAAGAGAAGGAAAUGUCAAGGUGGCCCGUGAAUUGAGCGCGCAUACAGGGUAUUUGAGUUGCUGUCGAUUCUUGAACGAUCGUCAAAUACUAACAAGUUCUGGAGAUAUGACUUGUAUGCUGUGGGACAUCGAAGCAGGCGUACGUGUACAAGAAUUCAACGAUCAUACAGGUGAUGUGAUGAGUAUCUCAUUAAGUCCUAAUCCGAACUUGUUCGUUUCAGGAGCGUGCGAUGCAAUGGCUAAAUUAUGGGAUAUACGAUCAGGGAAAGCAGUUCAAACAUUCUCAGGACAUGAAAGUGAUAUCAACGCAGUGACUUUCUUCCCCAAUGGUGAUGCAUUUGCAACUGGAUCUGAUGAUGCCUCUUGUCGUUUGUUCGAUUUGCGAGCGGAUCGAGAAUUGAACUCUUACACUCACGACAACAUACAAUGCGGUAUCACAUCUGUUGCCUUUAGUGCUUCUGGACGUUUGUUGUUUGCCGGGUAUGAUGAUUACAACUGCAACGUUUGGGAUACGCUCAAAGGAGAACGUGUGGGUGUUUUGGCGGCCCAUGAGAACCGGGUCAGUUGUUUGGGCGUCAGCACAGAUGGAAUGGCGUUAUGUACGGGAAGUUGGGAUAGUCGUCUUUUGGUUUGGGCAUAAAUACUAUUGUCAAGCCAACGGCAAGGCCUUUUCUCACGUCACAAC